AUGGCUCCCCUGAAACAGCCAGGGAUAAUCACUACAGAUGACGAUAUUACUCUUCUGGACAUCACAUCUCGAACCAAUGACAAGUCAAAGCAAAAUGGCUGUAGCAGCGGAGAAAAAAACGGGCAACAAGAACCAAGAGAACAUCUAAAAGACACCCUACGAAGGCUUGUGGAAGAACACGAACAUGACCAGAAUUUCCCUGACGAGCUUCUCAACCGGGCGCGCGAAUAUCUCGAGAACGAAAAUGACGAGCAGCAAGACACUGAGCUCGGCCAGAGCAUCUAUAGAGAAUUCGAGACUCAGAAGGAAUUGAUGCUAAAUAGCUCCAUCUAUCCUGAAGUCCGAGCUGUUGUGGAUGAUACGGACGACCCGACCUUGCCAGUCGGCACAUUCAGAGUAUUCCUUUUGGGGACAACAUUUGCAAUCAUUGGCACUGGACUCGAACAAUUCUUUUCACUCCGAAUGCCUCCCAUUGGACUUUCAACAUUUAUUGUGCAGAUAUUAGCGCUGCCCGUGGGGAAGCUGUUGGCGAAAUGGCUGCCAACGAGGAGAUUCCGGGUGCUUUCGCAGGAGUUCACACUCAAUCCUGGACCGUUCAACCAAAAGGAGCAGAUUCUCAUUGCAAUGAUGGCGAAUGUAACCUUUGGUGGAUCUGCCAUUGGAGCCUACAUCGUGAGCAUUAUCCAAGUUCUGAAACUGGAUGUGUUUUACGGGGAAAAGAACCUCUCGAAUAGUAUUCCUUGGCAGAUCCUCACGCUCAUAUCGACCCAGUUCAUCGGAUAUGGAUGUGCUGGCCUGGUUCGCAGGUUUCUGGUAUACCCGCCCUCAAUGAUCUGGCCAAAAGCGCUGGCAAAUAUUGCACUUACCAAGGCGCUGAACAAGGACAAUGGACAUUCAGAAGAUACAGUGCACGGAUGGAAGAUGUCGCGAUACAAGUUCUUCUUGAUCUGCUUUACUUCCAUGUUCUUUUAUUUCUGGAUUCCCAAUUACCUUUUCAAAGCUCUUUACUUGUUCAACUGGCCGACGUGGAUAUCACCAGGCAACGUCACACUCGCCCUCAUAGCUGGAUCAACCUGCGGUCUGGGCCUCAACCCCUUACCAACAUUGGACUGGAACGUCGCCACCUAUCUCGGCGACCCUAUAGUAACGCCCUUCUUCACACUCAUGAACUAUGCAAGUGGAAUGGCAAUAUGGGGCUUCAUAGUCGCGCCGCUAGUAUACUUCAACAAUGUCUGGGACACGGGCUACCUCCCUAUCAACAAAAACUACAUCUACGAUAACCACGGCUCGCGGUACAACAUCUCGCGCGUAUUGCUGCCCGACCUUACGCUUAAUCAGACCGCGUACCACGAGUACAGUGUCCCCCUCAUGACAUCCACUCAGGUGAUCAAGUAUGCGGCUGCCUUUAUGAUAUAUGUUGCUACACCCGUGCACAUGUACCUCUGGCACCGUAAGGAUAUCAUGUCUGGGAUACGGGCUUGUUGGGCACGGAAGUCGCGAGACGAGGAGUUCAAUGAUGUGCAUAACCGUCUUAUGUCUGCGUAUCCGGAGUGCCCUCACUGGUGGUACAUUGUCAUUCUGGUUGCAUCUUUCAUCAUCGCCUGUGUCUCGGUGAGCCUGUGGCCAACUGGCAUGCCAAUAUGGGGCAUCGUUCUAGCUGUCUUCUUCACUGUCAUGUUGCAAAUUCCAAUUGGAAUGCUCUUGGCUGUUACGAACAUGGAGGUUUCAACACGUAUCCUUUCCCAGCUUAUUGCUGGCUAUGUGUUUGAGGGCCAGCCAAUUCCGAACAUGAUUUUCCAGAUGUUCAGUUUUAUGUCGACACAUCAGUCGCUCAACUUUGCUAGUGACCUCAAGCUCGCGCACUAUGCCAAGAUUCCACCGAGAUGGGCAUUUGCAGCACAGGUUUAUGCGACGCUUUUGGCAGGUUUUGUUGGGUUGGGCGUGAAUCACUGGUUACUCCGUAACGUUGAGGAUGUAUGUCAAGCACAUCAGAAAGACCGCUUCACGUGUCCCCGUACGCACACUUUCUUCAUGUCCUCAGUGAUAUGGGGCGUCGUCGGACCACGUCGAUUGUUCGGUACGCAAGGCCCCUACCGAGCCGUCACACACACAAUCCCCAUCGGUGUGAUACUCCCCAUAGCCGUCUACUUCGUGUCCAAGCGGUGGCCCAACGCCUUCUGGCGGAACGUCAAUGCUCCAAUCCUAUUCUGCGGACCGAUGGCGUGGGCUCCGUUCAACUGGAGCUACGUGCAGGGCUCGAUAGUUCUGGCAUUUGUGUUCAACAAGGUGAUCAAGAGGCGGUACGCGGCGUGGUGGGAGAAGUACGCGUACGUGCUGACGAGUUCUAUCAGCGCGGCUAUUGGUAUUUCUGGCGCGGUGAUGUACUUUGCGGUGCAGCAUCCGGGGAUUGAGCUGAAUUGGUGGGGGAACAGGGUUCAGAUGGGGGGUGUUGAUCAAGGGGGCUUUGUGGCCGAUGGACAGGUUGUUAGCUGUUCGAUGUUGAAGGUGCCCGAGAAGGGUUACUUUGAUAUCGGGUUUGACUGGAAGGUGUAA